AAGAAUUUUUCUUUCAUUACAUUUAGGUUAGAAGCGUUGGAGGAUUUAACCUGUGUAUUUUACAUAAAACAAUAUUUUGUACGUUUAAUUACAAAUAGUAAUUGCUCAAGUUAAAGCCUCAAACAGUUGAAAAUGGCGUUAGAUGCUAUACCAAAGGAUCUCAGAGGACUGAGAGCAUGCCUUGUCUGCUCCCUCAUUAAGUCUUUUGAUCAAUUCGAGGACGAUGGAUGCGACAACUGUGACGAGUUUCUCAGAAUGAAGAAUAAUAAAGACAACGUGUAUGAUUGUACCAGUUCCAACUUUGAUGGGAUGAUAGCUAUGAUGAGUCCUGAGGAUAGCUGGGUUGCCAAAUGGCAAAGAAUUAACCGAUUUUGUAAAGGGGUUUACGCGAUUUCAGUAUCGGGUAGGUUGCCAAAUGGCAUUAUCAGAGAGAUGAAAAGUCGAGGAAUAGUUUACAGGCCUAGGGAUACCAGCCAACGAUAAUUAAUUUUUACAAAGUAUUACGUAAUUAAUUGCUAACAAUGUGUGAUCAGGAUUCACUAUUUUUAGAUUAUUGUAGAUUUAUAUAUAUCGAUGUAUGAGUGUAAUUGACGAGUUAAAUUCAAACUUCCUUUCGAAUAUCAUAAUUUGUGGUGAUUCAAUGAAAUAUUAUAUGUAUAUUUGCCAGUAAAUACAGUGGAAUUCUAUAAUUCAUCCAAUAAUUUAAUUUUUAGUCAAAUAUAAUUUCCACAAAACCUAUUGAGA